GAGCUCCGCGAGCUCGCCGAGGCUGUCGAUUCCGCGCCGACCUUCCCAAGCCAGGAUACCUCGCAUCGUGGUGCAGGCAAAGGAAAGGGUGCUCUCCGUUCUGGUGCUCGCAAGCGUCUUGCCGCUGAUGUUCCUGUCGGCCCAGGCUCCGACGAGACCGCGGACAUGGACGCCGACAAUUACACUUCCGACGAAUACCUCAGGCAGGUUCGCCGCGAGGAGUUUCAGCACAUGCGCGGCACCAUCGCCGCCGAGGUCAGCAGCAGUGUUUCCAAGACGGUCGGCGAGAACCACUCCACUCUCCUCUCCAUGCUCUCCGCUAUGCAGGCUGAGGUCGCCAAGCAGGCUUCCGCAGUCGAGCAGCAGGUGCAGACCGCGCUGGCCCCUCGGCUCGAUGCCGUCAGCCGUCGCUUCCAGUCCCAGAUCGACGAUCACACCGCGCAGCUCCUCGCCGCCCAGACCAGACUCGAUCGCCACGACUCGGACAUCGAUUCCUUGCGGGGCCAGAUCGCCGAGUUCCGCAAGCAGCUCGCCCUCGCCGCCGCUGCCCCUCGUGACGAACAACCCCCGCCUUCUUCCUUCGAGCGUGCCGAGGACUGUACUAUCGUUGGUGCCGUUGCUCAGGAACCCACCACCCAGGCCAGUAUUGUUGCCACUCUUCAGCCCUGGCUCGAGGGCCCCAACUUCUCCGGCGAGGACUACCCCAUCGUUAUUCGGGGGUCUGUCCCCGCCCGCCGCUUUGAGGUGCAGUUCAAAGGCCCCUCGGGCGCAGCCGCCCGCAAGGCCUGCUCUGCCAUCUCAAGUUUUUGCGACCAAUCGGAGUGGAAAGAGCUCUGGGUCACUCCUCCGGGCGCAGAAAGGCGCAGGCUCCAUCUUGGCCCCGACAAGCCCCCCAAGCGCAUCAGACAGGAUAUCACUCUCCGCAAGGUACCGCAGGUGGUCGAGCUUCAAUGCCCUGGCAGGCGGCUGUUCUCUGACAAGGAGCGCGGCGUCCCCUCUCUCGGGCGGGGCAAGUUCAUGCAGCUCCAGGUGUCUCACGGCGAUACCCCGCCCAAGCUCUUCUGGGACAUCCCCGUCCUCAGCAAGCACGGUAUGGACGUCGAGAAGCCCACCUUGCGUCUGGCUACGUGGAACGCCAGAACCCCGCUGCAGGCCAGCGGCGACAAGGCCCGCAUCAAGAAGGCCUACCUGAGCAGUAUCCGCCCAGGCAGCACUAUCAUAGCUCUCCAGGAGAUACAUCAGGACCACCACCAGCUGGUCUCGUUCAUGGCGACCAUCGCGAAUGACAUCUCCGUCUUGUCCUGUUUCGAUCAGGACCCUGUGUCGGGUCAUAUUCGCGGUGGCGCGGCUAUCCUGGUUCCACCACUCGCGGGCUCCAACGGCGUGUUGCCGACUACAGCGCAGAGGGUGCUCAUUCCUGGGCGUGCGCACGUAGUCACUAUAUCCUCAUCUUCUCAUACUGUCGACAUCUUCGACAUCCACAAUCACGAGCUCUCCCGCGCCGACAUCCGCUAUACUGUUGAGGCGAUCAAGGCCUCACGUCUUCGUGCACAAGAGGACCCAGACAUGUAUGCCUCCUUCGUGCUGGGGGACUUCAAUUUUGCCGUGCACGACGCCCUCGCGCCUGCGCUCCCC